CACACGACUUGCAGCAUAAUAAAAGUCUGACUGCAUUGGGCAGAAAUCAGACAAGACCGACAGACAGGUCAGAAACAAUCAAGAUGAUGAUGAUGAUGAAGAAACCCGUCAUUCUGGUGGCCUGCGUCUUGAUGCUCUCAUCUCUCGCAGUCUUGGCAUCUCAGAGCGGCUCGGGUCCAUCUGAAUGCUGUUUUAAGUUUUACACCAAAAGGCUGCCUAAGGACAAGGUGAUGAGCUACAAAUACGUAGAUCCACGUUGUGCAAAGAGAUCUGUGAUUUUUGUGAUGAAGAAAGGAGGUGAAUUCUGCGUCGACCCGUCUGUGCAGUGGGUCAAGAACAUCAUCGAGGACAGGGACUGGACCCAUAACAAACUUGUGAACAGCACUAAUUCCACUGAGUCUGGCUGAUCUGCUUUGUGUUUUAACACCACACUUUAAAAACUCACUGAGACUUGCAGAAGUGGUGUUGUAGCAGUUAUCUGCAAUUUAACUUACAUAGUUUUCUCUUUUUUAUACAGAAUAUUUUUCGAUUACUUCAAGAAUAAAAAAACACAGAAUAAAUACAAUAAAGGGGACCAAAUCUAAAAAAUCGAAAACUGCCUUUGUAAUUCAAAAUUGGGGUGAAUGAUUUUGUUAUUUUGUUGUAAUAACAAUAAUGUAAUAAUGUCUCAAAGUCUGUUGAUUUAGUUUGCUCUGUUUUCUCGUAUUCAUUGUAUGUAAUAGCAGAGAUUAGGCUACAAUCAUAAUCAUAAUCAAAGAAAUGUAUGCUUUGAGAUUUAAAGACAAGUGCAGAUAUUCUGGCUAAGGUUUAGCAAAUUGUUGUUUUUAAUUUAUUUAUUUUUUUCUAAUUUACAAGUAAAGUAUGCCUAGUGCAUUUGCUCAAUCGCGUACGGCAACACCACUCGGGCAAACGAUGCUGAGAACUGCAUACUCUGUAAUACUAAAGCUGGCAGUAACAUUAAUGACAGUUUGUUGAGUUAUGAUUAUGAUUUUCCAAUGAUUAUUAGCUGUAGCAAAGCAGGGUUUUGUUGUAUUUUGUAUCAGCAUACUGAGCGUGUGUGAGUACUGAGCAUGUCCCCAUAAAUAUAUAAUUACUGCCUUUUUCUGUUUUAAUGUGCUUUCAAUUGAUGUAAUGAAAGAUUAGAUAUAAGCUAUUUUAUAACACAUGUUCAAAUUUUGAUAUAUUAUAAAAUAAAAUUGUGAUGAAAUGUA